CGAACCUCCGCGUUGCCCAAGCUGUAGCCGCCCGCUGGUCACAACCCUGAGCUUACCCACCCAUGCUUCUCCUGUGCCCGUUUACACUGUGUGCUUUAGACUACUAGACUUGGUUUCCUAUAUUGCCUGUUUACAAUGACAGCACGGCAUAGCCGCACCUCCAGAUAACAUCCACCAUGGGCCCCCGUGAGCGCGCUGUGAACGACGAGGAGACGGAACCUCUCACCCGCGCCGACACGCCCUCGCGCGACUCGGCAGAAGGAUCUGGAAGCUCCGUAUCCUCCGUCUCGACGACCUCGCUCGUGCUAGAACACAUCCACGACGAUGCGACAAACGGCGCGUCGCGCACGACGUUUGGGGAGAAGUACAGGGACGAUGAUGCGGAGCCUGAGCGCAGGCGCGAAUGCUUCGAUGUGGAGGAUGGGCUAUCGCAGGGCGUGAAGCCGGUAGACAAGAAAUACCGCCGCCUGCUCUGGAUUGUUGGCACCAUCUGUGUAGCUGGCUGGGCCCUCGCGCUGUUCUCGCUCCUCUCCAACGGCAACUACAAGCACGUCUCCACCCGACCGCUCGAUCCGCUUGCGACCUCUACAAAGGGCUCUGGAAAGAAAGUCACUCUGGAUAGUGUACUGAGUGGGCAAUGGUACGGAGACAGGCAGAGCGUGUCCUGGAUUGCAGGUCCGAACGGCGAAGAUGGGCUGCUGCUCGAAAGAGGCGUCUCGAAGGGGGGGUUCUUGGUGGUGGAGAAUAUCAGAGACCAAGGCACGGCACAGGUUGCCGCGAGCAGGACCCUCCUUAUGAAGGACCGCAACUUCAGAAUCAAUGGAGCCUUUGUCUACCCAAAUAACUUUUGGCCAAGCAAAGAUUUCAAGAAGGUGCUUGUAAUCGCGGACGAACAGAAGAAUUGGAGGCACUCCUUUACGGGAAAAUACUACAUCUUCGACGUCGCAACCCAGACUGGUGAGCCACUGGACCCAGCAAACCCAGAUGGCAUCGUUCAGCUAGCAUCGUGGUCUCCGCAGUCCGACGCGGUCGUUUUCACAAGGAACAACAACAUGUAUCUCCGCAAGCUUGACUCUGAUUCGGUCAUUCCCAUAACCAAAGAUGGAGGCACUGAGCUUUUCUACGGUGUGCCAGACUGGGUUUACGAAGAGGAAGUUUUCGCAGGCAACAGUGCAACUUGGUGGUCGAAAGACGGAAAAUACAUCGCCUUCCUGCGUACUAAUGAGUCUACCGUUCCCACGUUCCCAGUCCAAUAUUUCGUCUCCCGACCGAGUGGAAAAGACCCCGAACCCGGAGAAGAGAACUACCCAGAGGUCCGGCAUAUCAAGUAUCCCAAGUCAGGCGCUCCCAACCCCAUUGUGGAUCUACAGUUCUACGAUGUAGACUUGGGCGAAGUGUUCAACGUGAACAUCGAAAACGACUUCGCAGACCAUGACCGUCUCAUAACCGAAAUCAUUUGGGCUAGGAACAAGCAGGUGCUUGUCCGUGAGACCAACCGAGAAAGCGACGUGUUGAGGAUGAUUCUAAUGGAUGUUGGGAAGCGAACAGGCAAGACCGUACGCACCGACAAUGUACAAGCUUUGGACGGCGGAUGGAUGGAAGUCUCUCACACGACCACCUUUGUGCCGGCUGAUCCUCAGAACGGACGUAACGAGGAUGGCUAUGUUGACACUGUGAUCCACGAAGGCUACGAUCAUAUCGGCUACUUCACUCCGCUCGACAGCACUACUCCUGUACUUCUUACAAAGGGCGAGUGGGAGGUGGUAGACGCACCAUCACGAGUUGAUCUCAAGAACAAUCUUGUCUACUACAUCUCAACCGAGAGAGGUUCGAUGGAACGUCAUCCCUACGUUGUCAAGCUUGACGGCACAGACAAGAAGGAAGUCAUGGAAAACGCUGCCGCAGGCUUCUACGACGCCUCCUUCUCCGCUGGAGGUGGCUACGCUCUGAUUACCCACGAAGGACCCAGCAUCCCAUGGCAAAAGAUCAUUAGCACACCAUCCACCUCGUCAAAAUUCGAGAAAACCAUUGAAGAGAACAAGGGCUUGGAAAAGUUUGCCAGACAGCACGAACUCCCCAUCCUCAAGUACCAGAUGGUAGACGUAGACGGCUUCAAACUCAACGUCGUCGAACGCCGCCCUCCCCACUUCAACGAGAAGCGGAAGUACCCGGUCCUUUUCUUCCAAUACAGCGGGCCCGGCUCGCAAUCCGUGGACAAAAAAUUCUCAGUUGGCUUUCAAGAGUACGUCGCCUCCAGUCUCGGGUACAUCGUCGUUACCGUCGAUGGCCGCGGCACCGGCUACCUAGGCCGCAAAUUGCGCUGCAUCACGCGCGGCAACAUCGGUGGGUACGAGGCGCACGACCAGAUUGCCGUCGCCAAGAUGUGGGCGAAGAAAAAAUACGUUGACGAGGAGCGCAUCGCCAUCUGGGGCUGGAGUUACGGCGGCUUCACGACGCUCAAGACGCUCGAGCUCGACGCGGGGCAGACGUUCAAGUAUGGCAUGGCCGUGGCGCCUGUUACGGACUGGCGAUUCUACGACUCCAUCUACACCGAACGCUACAUGCACACGCCCCAAAACAACCCAGGCGGCUAUGACAACUCCUCGAUCCACGACGUCAAAGCGCUCAGCCAAAACGUCCGCUUCCUUGUUAUGCACGGCAUCGCAGAUGACAACGUGCACAUGCAGAACACGGCGACGCUGCUCGACAAGCUGGAUCUCGCGGGUGUGGAGAACUACGACGUACAUUUCUUCCCCGACUCGGACCACAGCAUCUACUUCCACAACGCGAAUAAGAUCGUCUAUGAUAAAUUGAGCUCCUGGCUCGUCAAUGCGUUUAAUGGGGAGUGGCUGAGGAUACAAAACGCUGUGCCCAAGGCACAGGUCGAAAGGCGGUAGAGGUCUCUUUUUGGACUACAUCUAGGGACCUACUGGGCGCACGGCGUUGGGUGGAGUAAGGGUGGGUACUGGUGCGCAUUUGGAGCAAUACUAGAAGUCUAUGAUAAAAAUCAGUCACACGUGGG